AUGCCACAGCGAGUGCUGCAAACUUCCAACUGGACGCAAGUUUUUGCUUUGCAGCUUACAGUCCUGAGAAGAAGCUACGUCAAGUUCGCCGCCAUGCUGCCACUCCUAGCAGCUCUGAUUGCGGUGGCCGGAGCCCAGGCCACUCUGAGCAAUGCCACGAGUUCGCGAGUGCUGCAAGGUUCCCUGAGCAACGGCUCCAACUGGACGGAGAUGGUGAGCUUCAACAACACUCCGGGCAAGCGCUUGCUGCAAGGUGCCUUGGGCAACAGCUCCAACUGGACGGAGAUGGUGAGCUUCAACAACACUCCGGGCAAGCGCUUGCUGCAAGGUGCCCUGAGCAACAGCUCCAACUGGACGGAGAUGGUGAGCAACAACACUCCGGGCAAGCGCUUGCUGCAAGGUACCCUGAGCAACAGCUCCAACUGGACGGAGAUGGUGAGCUUCAACAACACUCCGGGCAAGCGCUUGCUGCAAGGUGCCCUGGGCAACAGCUCCAACUGGACGGAGAUGGUGAGCUUCAACAACACUCCGGGCAAGCGCUUGCUGCAAGGUGCCCUGGGCAACAGCUCCAACUGGACGGAGAUGGUGAGCUUCAACAACACUCCGGGCAAGCGCUUGCUGCAAGGUGCCUUGGGCAACAGCUCCAACUGGACGGAGAUGGUGAGCUUCAACAACACUCCGGGCAAGCGCUUGCUGCAAGGUGCCCUGAGCAACAGCUCCAACUGGACGGAGAUGGUGAGCUUCAACAACACUCCGGGCAAGCGCUUGCUGCAAGGUGCCCUGGGCAACAGCUCCAACUGGACGGAGAUGGUGAGCUUCAACAACACUCCGGGCAAGCGCUUGCUGCAGGGUGCCCUGGGCAACAGCUCCAACUGGACGGAGAUGGUGAGCUUCAACAACACUCCAGGCAAGCGCUUGCUGCAAGGUGCCCUGGGCAACAGCUCCAACUGGACGGAGAUGCGCUUGCUGCAAGGUGCCCUGGGCAACAGCUCCAACUGGACGGAGAUGGCGGGCUUCAACAACACUCCAGGCAAGCGCUUGCUGCAAGGUGCCCUGGGCAACAGCUCCAACUGGACGGAGAUGGUGAGCUUCAACAACACUCCGGGAAAGCGCUUGCUGCAAGGCGCCCUGGGCAACAGCUCCAACUGGACGGAGAUGGUGAGCUUCAACAACACUCCGGGCAAGCGCUUGCUGCAGGGUACCCUAGGCAACAGCUCCAACUGGACGGAGAUGGUGAGCUUCAACAACACCCCCGGCAAGCGCUUGCUGCAAGGUACCCUGGGCAACAGCUCCAACUGGACGGAGAUGGUGAGCCUUAACAACACUCCAGGCAAGCGCUUGCUGCAGGGUGCCCUAGGCAACAGCUCCAACUGGACGGAGAUGGUGAGCUUCAACAACACUCCGGGCAAGCGCUUGCUGCAAGGUGCCCUGGGUAACAGCUCCAACUGGACGGAGAUGGCGAGCUUCAACAACACCCCGGGCAAGCGCUUGCUGCAAGGUGCCCUAGGCAACAGCUCCAACUGGACGGAGAUGGUGAGCUUCAACAACACUCUGGGCAACAGCUCCCGCGUGGCGCAGCAUUCUGAAGGUCGAUUCCUUCAGCGCCGGGAAGGGAGCAUUGAGUCGUUGCCUUUUCGCGCCGUCAUUCUGCAUGGCAUGUACAACACUUCGAUGCCUUUCCAGCGAUAUUGCCGCGGCUGGAGCAAAAGAGCCGAGCAAGAUGUGUCACGAUUCGUGGCAUUUCUGGUGCCGGGGGACAUACAGCCAGUUGCCCCAUGUUGCUCCAACAGCAUUUGGCAACGGGAGAACGAGGCCACAUGGUCUUUGGCAAGUUGGCAUCCGCCUCUCGGGGCGCUGCAAGGUCCGGGGCACAAGGUCCUGCAGCUGAGCACAUCCUUCGCCCGGCCAGUUGCCCCAUGUUGCUCCAACAGCAUUUGGCAACGGGAGAACGAGGCCACAUGGUCUUUGGCAAGCUGGCAUCCGCCUUGCGCUGAACUGGCCGUCCUGACUUCCUCUAUAGUGGUUCCCAAGCCUCUCGGGGCGCUGCAAGGUCCGGGGCGCAAAGGCGCCUUGGGCAGCCGCAUGCCCUGGAGCAGGUCCUGCAGCUGA